UGGUGUCGGUGAAGCCCAAGGCGCAGAGCCGCCCGUCGCGCAUGAACUGCUACGUGGAGGUGGCUGGAGAUGGGCUGCCCCGUGAGACCAAGAAGACUGGGAAGCAGAUUGGCAUCUCUGAACUGCUGUGGAACGAGAUCCUCACCCUGAACGUCACAGCUCAGAGCCACCUGGAGCUGAAGGUGUGGAUCUGCCAUACCCUUUCUCCUUGGAAGCAAGUGGAGAGCAGCUCUGUGAGGCAGAGGGUGGAGAACAGGCAGCUGACCCUGGACCUGCAGACAGAGAACAAAGGCAGCACUGUGUCGGGCGGGGAGCUGACAGUUUUCCUGGACGGGCCAGCGGUGGCUGCGGGCAGCGUGCCCAGCGGCAGUGCCAGCACGGAAGGGUCCCAGGUGCCCGGGCGGGAUCCCAGCAGCACGGCUGCGGCCACAGAGGGCAGGCACCAGCCUCCCAGUACAAACUGCUUUGGCAGCAGACCAAGGAUGCACCGACAUGUGGCUGGAGUGGCCAGGGGGAACACAGGGAGUGUGGAGCAAAGUCCCAGCGCCAGGAGCAGGCACCGGCAGCAGGCCAAGAGCACACAGCACGCCAACAUGGCCAAUGGUGUAGCCAAUGGCACAGCCAACAUGAACGGGGACACCGUGGCUGCUGGAGACACGGAGGAGGAGCAGCCAGCAGCAGGAGCGAGCGUGCUGAACCCAGCGGCACCCAGCACGACGGAUGGCUCCACUGCUCCUGCUCUGACCAGCUCUGGAGAGGCUGAGGAGGCAGCCCCUGGCUCCAGUGCCCCCCCAGCCCGGGCAGCAGUUCUCGCCCUGGAUGCUCUGCCCCCCGGGUGGGAACAGCGGGAGCUGCCCAAUGGUAGAGUCUACUAUGUAGACCACAACAACAAGACUACCACGUGGGAGAGACCUCUUCCUCCUGGGUGGGAGAAACGCGUGGAUCCUCGGGGCAGGUAUUACUACGUGGACCACAACACGCGGACCACAACGUGGCAGCGUCCCACAGCCGAAUACGUCCGGAACUAUGAGCAGUGGCAGUCCCAGCGCAACCAGCUCCAGGGGGCCAUGCAGCAGUUCAGCCAGAGGUUCCUGUACCAG